AUGACUGAGAACAUUCGUGUCAACAGUCCAAACGUGAAGUACACCGAGACCCACAUCGAGGCUGAGUACCGUUACCAUACUACAGCGGUAUGCAGGGAUGGUGACACGCUUGAAGUGACCCCUACCGUUACUGAGUUGGUGCUCCGUACUGAGAGGUGUGUUCCCAGACUGGGGGUUAUGCUAGUGGGCUGGGGCGGAAACAACGGAACCACUGUCACUGCUGCGGUACUGGCAAAUAGACUGGGACUUCGCUGGAGAACCAAAACUGGAGAACAGGAAGCCAACUACUUCGGUUCCCUCUUCCAGUCGUCCACGGUGUGUUUGGGAGCGGGUCCCGAUGGCGAGGAAAUCCACGUUCCUUUCCGCAACCUCCUACCUAUGGUGCAUCCUGAUGAUAUUGUGUUUGAUGGGUGGGACAUCUCAUCCAUGGACCUGGGCAGCGCGAUGGAGCGAGCUGAGGUCUUGGACUGGUCACUCCAGGAAAAGCUUCGCCCACACAUGAGCCACCUUCGUCCUCGGGCCUCGAUCUUUUACCCAGAUUUCAUAGCUGAAAACCAGGCCAGCCGAGCAAACAAUGUUCUGACCGGGACCAUGGCUGAACAGCUGGGGCAGAUCAGAGCUGACAUCCAGGACUUCCGGCAGACGAGCGGCGUGGACAAAGUCAUUGUUCUCUGGACGGCCAACACUGAACGCUUCUGUGACAUCACCCCCGGGGUCAACGACACAGCUGAGAACCUCUUGGCCACCAUACAGUCAGGUGGUGAGGUUUCUCCCUCUACCCUUUUUGCUGUAGCCAGUAUCCUGGAGGGCUGUGCCUACAUCAAUGGUUCCCCUCAGAACACGUUUGUCCCUGGGGCCAUAGAGCUGGCUGUGGAGCGAAACGUGUUCAUAGGAGGAGACGACUUCAAGUCUGGUCAGACCAAGGUCAAGUCUGUCCUGGUUGACUUCCUUAUCAGUGCUGGGAUCAAGCCCACCUCAAUUGUAAGCUACAAUCACCUUGGCAACAAUGACGGCAAAAACCUCUCAGCACCGCAGCAGUUCCGCUCCAAGGAGAUCUCCAAGAGCAACGUGGUGGAUGACAUGGUCAAGUCCAAUCCUGUACUCUACCGCAAAGGGGAAAAACCAGACCACUGUGUGGUGAUUAAGUAUGUGCCAAAUGUGGGGGACAGUAAGAGGGCUAUGGAUGAGUACACCUCAGCGAUCAUGAUGGGAGGAACCAACACUAUUGUAAUGCACAACACCUGUGAGGACUCCCUCCUAGCCAGCCCUAUCAUCCUGGACCUGGUGCUGCUAACAGAGUUGUGCCAGCGUGUGUCUGUCCGGCCCCAGGGAUCAGAGACCUACCAGUCAUUCCACAGCGUGCUGGCUAUCCUCUCCUUCCUGUGUAAAGCUCCCCUGAUCCCACCCGGGGCCCCGCUGGUCAAUGCCUUCUUCAGACAGAGAGCCUGCAUUGAGAAUAUCAUGAGGGCUUGCCUCGGCCUUCCCCCUCAGAAUCAUAUGCAUCUGGAGCACAAACUUCAAAGCGGCUUUCUGCCUCACUAUGCCGACCGCAUCAAAGAAGACGAAGCUGCCAAGAUUAAGUCCGUUUUUUGCAACGGUUACCAUCCCUUCAAAGAGAGUGGGGUUGGCGCACAUGUAGUAAAGGAGGCAACGAUUGGGUAAUGGGAUUAGGUCCCUGUCGUCAUUUGGAAGAGUUUAGAUGUGUCCGCAGCUUUAUAGAGACAGUUACAUCCCUCAAAUAUUUUCAACUCUUUAUAUAGUGUAUAAUGUAGAUUUGUGUUUUUUUCUUACCUAUUUCUGUGAAAUUAGAUUAAGUCGCUCUAGUUCAAAACUUUAUCUUUUAUAGACCAAAUGGUCCUGUCUGUAAGGUAGGUUACCGGUGAGCAUGUCUUGUUGUGAAUCACUGCUUGGAGCUGAUGCCAACUCAGUAAUAAUCAUUACUCAUCAUUUUCCAUUUAUUUUAUUAAAAACAUGGAUGGGGACAAAUACAUUCAGUAGUAUUCCCUUGUUGAAACAAAAUGGUGCUUCAACCUCUCUGUUCUAAAGUUUAUUUCUGUUAUUUUAUCAUAUACUAAGCAUUUUUACUAAUUGAAUUACACAAACUUUGUGUAAUUUUCUUAAAUUGCUGUCAGGCAAAUUAGUUCAGCACUCAGACUUGAUAUAUUCGUCAAAUAGUGGGCUAGGUUAUGUUCUGACAUUAAUUGUGUUUAAGUCAUUUUGAAAUAGCUGAACAUGGGUAAUGUUAUGCAGUGUGUUUUCAAUCACACUUGCACACAUCCAAAAUAAUGCAUACCAUUUCAAAUGUUUCUGUUUUUUUAGAAGCCACAAUAAAGAUCAACAAAAUGUAUGUAGACAAAAUGGGUGCUUUUUACAUAUUAAAAAACAAGAAUAAAGACCUUCUAAAAGACUUAA